AUGGCGAGCGAAUCACAGCGAUCUAGUUCCUACCUCGGACUGGCUGCCGCAUGGAUGCCUCGCCCUAAUCUCACGCGCCCCCGGCGGCCUUGGUGCAUCGCUAUCUCCAUCGCCAUUGCCGUGGUGAUCAUUAUUGUCAUUGUUGUUCCCUGCGCAGUCCUAUUAACUCGCAAACAUGGUGGUGAGAAGACGAAUGUUCUAUUCCCACUAUACAUCUACCCCACCAAUGACAGUACAUGGGACCCUUUAUAUGAAUCGGUCACGACGCACCCGGACCUGAACUUCACGGUCAUCAUCAACCCCUCGAGCGGGCCCGGCUCCAGUGCGUAUCCCUCGGAGGAGUAUACCUCCUCGGUGGAACGGCUUAGCACAUAUUCCAAUGUACGCAAGGUUGGAUAUGUGCGCACAGCUUAUGCCACGCGCAACAUCACCGCUGUGCUGGAUGAUGUCGCCACUUAUGCCGGGUGGGCGAAUCGAUCGCUGACACUAGCAAUGGACGGGAUUUUCUUUGACGAAGCCCCCUAUGACUACUCGGCAGCAAAGGCUGAGUACAUGCAGACGAUCAGCGAGGCCGUCAAGAGUUCGUCGGGAUUGCGCCGAGAUCGCAUGGUGAUCCACAAUCCCGGUACCAUUCCGGAUAGUCGCUACGAGAACAACGCGACGGACGUCACAGUGGUGUUUGAGAGUUCCUAUCAGGAUUUUCACACGGAAAAGCACAGUCUGAAUGCCAUGGCAUCGAAUCGCACGGCAUAUGCCUAUAUGCUGCACUCGGUACCUGACAGUCUCAGCAAUGGCACGUUGCGCAGUUUUGUCAACCAGAUGAGCCGAAAGGCCGAGUACCUGUUCCUGACGACGUUGACGGAAGACUACUACGAGAGUUUCGAUCCGGAGGUAUCUGGCGCUAAAAGUGGAAACUCCACUUGGACCAAGAUACGUUAUUUGCCUGCCCCAAUUCCCCUCUUCCAGUGUCAACUUCCCACCUCCGUCCACCUCUAUUCCCUAUCCAGCCUUGAUCCGAUGGCCACCACCACCACUACCACCACCACGACGCUUCCCAAAUCGGGCGUGCUCGUGCCCUUAAUUGCUGCCUAUCCCGAGCUCGAGUUCCUGGUGAUCGUCAACCCCAACAGUGGACCGGGUGCCUUGCCGUGCCCCGAUGCCAACUAUGCGCGCGAAGUGGCCCGCCUGAAUGCCUGCCCUAAUGUCUAUCCGGUCGGCUAUAUCCGCAUCGACUAUUGCCGAAAGCCAUUGGCCGCUGCCUGUGAGGAGAUCGAUCGAUAUGCCAGCUGGGCCGCCGAGUAUGCCACGACGGGUUUAGGCGUGGGUGGCAUCAUGGUCGAUGAGACUCCCAACCACUUCAACGCCGCUCAGGCCGAGUAUUUGCGCGCGCUUCAUCGUCACAUCAAGAAUUGCUCGGGGCUUCUCCGCGAUCGAUUGGUGGUUCACAACCCAGGCACCCCCCCAGAUCCCGAGAUGGCCGAUGCAGGCUCAGAUCUCCUGCUGGUCUGUGAGGAGCCAUUUGCACGCUGGCAAACCAAUGAGGUGCAACAUCGUCUAGGCGAGCUUCCCUAUCCUCGCGAUCGCUGCGGCUACAUGGUCACGGAAGUCCCGAACCAUCAUUUGCCCUCUCUGGUGCGCGAUCUGCGUCGUCGUGCCGCCUACAUAUUUGUCACGGAAAUCGUAGGCGAUUUCUACGAGCGCUUUGGUCCCUCCAGCUGGGGCAUGUUGAUGGAGUCUUUGUCGGAACAGGCACAGUAA